AUGAAAGUUAAAGUCGGUGAUGUGGUUUUGCCAGGUGAUUAUUGCGAUGAAAUAGCUUCGGUCGGCGCAAAAUCAAAAGUGUUAAUCGGUCCGGGAUUAAAGAAAGAAAUCGACCAUGUUUUCGUCACAAAAGCGGGAGUUUUAAAAAAACGCAACCCAAGUACUUUUUGGGUGGACAGUUACCAGAAACGCUACAUUCCCUGCAGAGGUGAAAAUGCUAUUGGUAUUGUACAUCAGAAAGCUGGAGACAUAUACAGAGUCGACAUUGGUGGUAGCUGUACAGCCAGUCUUUCAUAUUUAUCGUUUGAAGGUGCUACAAAAAAAAACAGGCCUGAAGUUCAGAUAGGGGAUGUUAUUUAUGCAAAGAUUCUAGUAGCUAGCAAAGAUAUGGAGCCGGAACUAGUAUGCGUCGAUUCACAUGGGAAAAAAGGAUGCCUUGGUGUCCUAUCUGACGGUUUUGUUUUCAAGUGUUCACUUAACCUAAUAAGAAAAAUUCUGAGCCCCAGUUGCCCCUUACUAGACUCUCUGAAGAAUGAAUGGCCAUUUGAAUUAGCUGCAGGGAUGAACGGUAGGAUCUGGAUUAAAGCUAAUACAUUAAGGGAAACUAUAGCUGUCGGUAAUGCCAUUCUAGGUGCAGAAUAUUUGUCAGAUGAUGAAAUUAAAACCAUGUGUAACAACAUAGCCAGCAUCCUCACUGGUCAUAUAUCAUAG